AGAGCCGCCUCCUCCGCCCAUUCCUCCUCUCCUCGCCCUCGCACUCAGCGCGUUGCAUGGACACGGCCUGCCUCGACCUCAAUAUACCUUUCUCAUGCUAGGCACUCGCUCCUCUCCGUUUCCUGCCGUCCAUCUGCCCUUAUCGACGCCUCCCUCCAUUGCUGCCCAUUCUGCACCCGGACACGCAGCCCUUUCUUUCUGGCCACCGGGCCCCAAUAACCACCUAACCCCUUCUGCAAGCAGGUAGCUCGUCGAUAUCCGCCGUCGGAUUCGUCUCGCGUCGCUGUCGACAGCCCUACUUUGGUCGUUUGCGCAUCGGGCGUCAUGCGAUCCAAAGGACCGAAAGCCUGAGCACCCAAAUAUUCGAACACCGCUUUGUCUCUGUGCGCCGGCCGGAUUAUGACAGACGUCUCGUCGGUCAAGGCGCAUGCUGAUCCUCAGCCGGCUCCCGUCGCCUUCUACGGUGGCCCUCCACCCCCCGCUUUCACCAACGGCUCCCCUGCGCUAGACGGGACCAUCGACGAGGAAGAGUCGUCGACCAUCAAGUGCAUAUGUGGCUUCUCGGACGAUGACGGAAACACUGUCUUGUGCGAGAAGUGCGAUACGUGGCAGCACAUCGUGUGUUACUACCAGUCUGCCCACCGUGUGCCAGAUGUCCACGAGUGCACAGACUGCCUUCCUAGACCCAUCGACGCCAAAGCUGCCACCGAGAAGCAGCGAGUACGUCGAGAGUUCUUCCACAUUGACGAGCCCAAAAUCCGGCCGAGAACCACAACCAAGAGCCACAAGAAGAGAGCAAAGGAUCCUCUCGGAUCGGUGCAGCCCAAUGGCUGGGCCGUCCAUUCGAACACUGACCUCCAUUACAACUCCGAACGGAAUAGCGGAAGCCCUCGGGAGCAACCACCGCCUGCCAAACGGCCGAAAACCAGCCAUCGGACAUCGGGUUCGAUCAACAUGAUGAGCCAAGCACCUGCGCUCGCUCCUGGGUCGCGCAAACGAGGCGGUUCGAUUAUGUUUAAUGGCCACAGCCCCGUCAAGUCCCCCGCUAACCCGGAUGGCCCGAUCGAAGAAUUCUCGCUCGAAUUCAUGAAUCUAUAUCGCCAGCAAGAGCCACGUUCCGCCGACACCAACUCAUAUACCGAUCUUCGAGUCGCAAACGACAUAGCACUAUGGCUCAGCGACCGAGACGCUCUCGCCGAGGCCACAGGAGGCAAGACACCAGCCGAUGUCUUCAUGAGCAUUGGGACUACAAUCGAAGACAUGGAGGCUUCCCAUGCGCCAGUCAUCACCAAACAGACAGAUGAAGACCCCAGCAUAACAGCACACGGACUUCAUCCACAAUGGCAUCUCCUCACGGUCGAGACGUUCGUCGCUUCAAGCGGUUUCAUUGGCGAGCUCAAAGGUCGCAUCGGCAGAAAACAAGACUACUUCUCAGAUCCCCUGAACCGGUGGGAGUUACUACGACAUCCGGAACCAUUCGUUUUCUUCCCUCCCCAUCUCCCCAUCUAUAUCGACACACGGCAAGAGGGGACGAUACUUCGCUACACCAGGAGGAGCUGCAAGCCAAACAUGGCGAUGAAAAUCCUAACCCAGGGCCCCGAGGGCGGUUAUCACUUCUGCUUCCUUGCAAUGCGCGACAUCGCACCAGGCGAGGAGCUCACUGUAGGUUGGGACAUUGACUCUGCUGUGCGGCUCCAGCUACAAAAGGUCGUCACAAACGGUGACAUCCAGAAGGAAGGCUUCAAGAAGAUCCAGCCAUGGGUGACGUGCGUGCUCGCCAACUUUGGCGGAUGCGCUUGUGACAAUUCAGACGGUUAUGAAUGUCUUCUUGAGCGCGCUCGUCGCAGUACCAGCAGUUACGCAGAACCAGUACAGCCUCCCAAGACGAUGAAAGGCAGGAAGACCAAGAAAGGUCAAGUUUCCCCACUCAGCACGGGCCUUGCCACAAAUAGCCGCGCCGGCAGCGAAGCCUACCAUCGCGACGCGCAUGACGACGACAACAACAUGGACACCAGGUCUACUUCUGAUGGCGGGAACGGCAAGAUGUCAGAGCGCGAAAGGCGAAAGUUGCAGCAGCAAGAACGGCUGUUCGAGCAACUGGAGUACGAUGAACAACACAAGGGAAGACGGGGGAAGAGGAACAGUGCUGGGUCAACACUUAACACGCCUAGCCUCUCAUCCUCCAAACAACUCGGACAUCCAGAACCGUCGCCUUCCGCUCGAAACCCUCGGGAACAUGCCAAUGGAGUGGCUCGUAAGACUUCAGGCAGCUCGACAAGGACCAAUGGGCGUGCUACGCAGAAGCCAAAGCCCAUUUACGUGGAUAGCUCCACCCAGACUGAGGAUGACAGGCCUAGCGCAGACCCUCCUACGCCGGCCAAGGCGAGGAUAAUCAGGCCGCCCUUGUCGUUCAAGCGCAGGCUCCUCCAGCAAGCUCAGGAAGACAAAAUGCAAAGGGAACGCAUUCGGUCAGCAUCAGUCAAACUGGAAGCCAAGUCGCCGGCUCUCAAGGAUGUUACUUCGGGCAAGCCCUCGCCAGUGGCCUCAUCCGCUCCCCUCGAGGAACCUACCGCUAUGGACAUCUCUAUCGAGCCUUUCGUGGAGCCUAAACCCAAGGAACCUGCUCCCGCAGCACCCGUUGAUGUGGAGAUGAAGGACGCUGAGGAGACAACCAUUCCAAAGCUGACAUCUCUAAAGAUCGAAGAAAUGCCAGAUGCAUCAAAUCCAGAGCCUUCGUCCGAAACUUCGCAUCCUCCAAUACCACCGGGUCCUACGCCGUGGGAUUCAAAUACCACGACGCAGGCGACAUCGACUGCCGUCUCCGCACCAACCCAGCCACCUCAAAGACCUGCUGAUAUGCGCCUCGAGAUGCCGGUCAAACCAGAUCUGGCAGCUUCUAUAUCUUCCGCUAAUUCCGUUGUUACUCCGGGGUCCGUCUCAAGCAUCCUAACCGGUAGUGCAAUCGCACAAUCGCCGAUGAGUGCCGCACCUGCUGCGUCACCGUUCUCUCCCGCCGUUGCCAACGCAGUCACACCGGGUCCCGCGCGAAAGAAACUCAGCUUAAGCGAUUACACAAGCCGAAGGGCGAAGCUAGCACAACAAUCCUCUAACACCAGUACUACUACGCCCUCACUCGUGCAUUCGCAAUCAACGAGCUCGCCGACGAUGAUGAAUUCGAGCUUACCUAACAAUAGAUCGCCAUCGAGCAAGAGCGCUGAGCCGCCGUUAGCACCGGUAACAGAGGAACCAAAACCCACCGCACCCACAACCUCAUCCUCCACUUCCACUUCGACAUGAGCGUUAAAUCCCCGCUCCUUCGAUGCACGUUUUCUUUGUUCGACACGGCAGGGCGCUCAGCGGGGCACUGAGCGCCGUUAGCUUCGGAUUAUGCCCUUUUCAGGCCUUCGAUAUGUAUAUUAUAUAAUGCCGCCUAUGGACCUUCUUUUCUUCUUUCCUUUUACGACUUCUGAGCG